UAGCGUUGCCUAGCAACCGGGGCUAUUGUGUCCCCCAGGCGUCAGAAACCUGACGAGCCGGGCAGUUCGUCCUGAGAUCUGUGAUAAGAAAACAACAAACACAAGACGGAACAGAACGGUUCAACAUGGCCAGCAGUAGUCUCGGCUUCAAGCAUGUCAACCGGGGCCCACUCAAACUUGAUCAUGACAUUACGCCCAAAGACUUUAGUGCCUUCACCCCACCCCCUGGAACUGAAGCCCCCCGCCGCACCUACAAGUACCAGGGCUUCCCCGAUAAGCAGUUUGAGGGUGUGAAGCAGCCGCUUACAGGGCCGCUGGGCUUCAGAGAGAACGACGCUCCGCCUCCUAAACGGAAAAAAGUACAAGCCACGCAGUUCGUCAAUGGGAAGCCCAUCUUUGAGUUAGAUGGUAAGAAUUUCCAGUACGGCACAGACGAGCUACAUCACCUGCUGGAGUCCUCCGACAAGAUCCCAGUCAGACGGUCUGAUUUCCUGAAGGAUCAGCGAGGGUCGGCAGAGGAACGUCGCCGUCACAAGCAGCAGAACGAAGCGGAAUUGGACAUCGCUCGCUGGCGAACCGAGAAGGCUCGCAAGAAAGUAGAGGAGGUGGAGGAAAAGAAAAGGGAUCUGGAAAUGUUGAAAACCUACCAGCCUUUUGGCAGGCCAGGAGGAGGGGCUCCAAAGCCUGGAAUCAAGAAAGACUCCCCACCAAUUGUUACAGACAACCGGAUGGCUCCUAUGACUAGGAUGACAAACUCAUUAGAGACCAGAUUUAGACCCCCAAUGCCAGAGCACACAUACGAGGAUGGGUUUGGUAAGCCCGGGGGUGGGGCUCCUUAUCGCACGGAGUCAGGCAAGAUAAAGACGACCUUAAAGCAGGACCCAGUUCUGAGGUUCAAGGACAACAAAGCAUCAGCGAGGGAACUUGAGCAGAUCGAACGCUACAGGCUGGAUCCAAGGGCUGCUAUGGAAUACAAGUCUGAACUUGCACGCUUGAUGGAUGAUAAGAAACAUCAGAUGCAGCAGGAGUACCAGGCAGAUAUCGAGGCAGACAGAAAGAUGGCUGAAUUCAACCCCUUUGGGAAGCCAGGAGCUGGGGCGCCACUCAGGGAUUACCAUGGGCAGUUGAAACUGAAACGCGAACAGCACUUGGCUCGGAUGGACGAUCUUUACGAACAGAGAAAGGUGGCAGAAAAGGAGAAAAUUAGGAAGGAACAGAGGCAGAAGCUACUGGAACAAUUGAUUCAAGAAGAUCCAACUAAGCCCAGACUAGUGGACAAAGUGGAUAGAUCACAGGGUGGUGGUGACGAGUACGACCCCUGGGGGAAGGGUCAAGGGGCACCGAUGUGGGACAAGUCCGGAAAUGUACGCAGGUUCAAACGGACAGACGUCUAUGGAGUCCCAGAGACCUACCAGUCAGAUGUCAAGAAGGAAAACAUUCAGGGAGGGACCCUUGACCUGAAGCCUACUGGUGGUGGCGGGCCUCUACUCGAUGAUAGUGGCAAGGUCAAGUCCAAGGUCAAGAAGACAAUGGUGUAUGAGAAUGGAGCGUGCAUCACUGAUCGUGAUGAAUAUGUUGCGAAGGCUACCUCCGCUGAGAUACGCCGAGAGUCAGAGAGAGACUGGUGGGGUAAGCCAGGAGGUGGCGCCCCGGUUGUGAACGAUAAAGGGCAGAUCGUUCGCUCCACACGUGGGAAAUUUCUUAAGGAUGCUACUGGGGGAGAAGUGAUAGUGAGGCCUGUGUCUGAUACAUCCAGGACUAUAUUGGCCAACAGCAAGAAAUCGUACUUUGAGGAUCUUAAAGUUGCAGUCAAAGAGGAAAAGGAGAAGAAGGAAAAAGAGAGGAGAGAACUGAGAGAGGCAGGUGGUGAUGUAGCCCAGUGGAUGAAGGAGAGUCAGACAGGGAAGCCCAAACGAGAUCCCGUCACCGGCCAGCUGAUGGGCGCCAACAGGAUCAUGUCUGAUGUCACCAAACAGAAAAUGGAUGUGCGCCAUGAGAGGGGCCAGGGCAGCCAGGCCUUGUACAACGACCUGGUGGCUCAGGCAGAACAGAGGAGACAACUCCGUCUGGACGAGCGCAGGAGGGAGAUCGAGAUGGAGCGCAAGCACCAGAUGACCAUGGAUAACAGCUGGGGGCGGGAGGGGGGCGGAGCACCCCUGACCCAGCAGAACGGAGGGACCAGGAGGAGUAACCGGGGGCAACCAGAGAUCACACCUCUGGGCCAGCUAGGGUGCCGCGUGCCGUCCUUCAGCCUGUUUGGACACAAGCUAGUUGAGACAGGGGAACUCUGGGCAGGAGCCCCACCCAAGAAGAGGUCCAACCCAACCCAGCUGCAGCCACCCUUUGCAACCAUGUAAAGGGUCUGGACAACCAAGAGUGCAACUCCAAUCCGUGGACAACCAAUCACCAAACUCACCAUCACAGGAACUUUUGCCACUUUGGAGCAAAAAGUCAUUCCUAUCGAGAUAUGAAAUAAUACAAAGCCAUAGAAAUGUUAUGUCUAUACCAUGGUCACGAUAUGAACAAAACUUGAUGUACAUGUAAAUAGUGAUCAAUUUAUGUGUUAAACUUUAGAAACCACUACAUCUUGUAUAUAGUUUUUAAUUUUUCAACCCAGUGUGGUCUUUGCAGUGAUAAGUUACUGUAAGAUAUCUUGAUGCAAAACCAUAAUGGAAAAAGCCAUGAUUUUAGCACAAUCACACUCGGUGAAGUAAAUCAACAGUAUCAAUGCGAAUCAUGGGAAAGAAGCCAUAAAAUCAUCGUUAUACUAUGUGCAUCAUGAUGUAUUGUGUUUAAACAAUCCUGUAUUGUAUUAAUUGCACAAGGUUCCAAUCAUUGAUUAUGCACUUUUUUGUGAGCAGAGGUUGCUGCUAUAUGAAUGUUACGAUCAGAAUAUAUAAAAAAUAUGCACAAUACAAAGACACACUUUUACUAUAUAUAUCCAAGGCAUUUACAUGUUUCCAAACUGCAGAAAUAUUGUAUACUGCUGCUAGGUAUUUGUGAAGCCAGUUCAAAGCAAGAGAAUGAUCAUAUCAGUUGUCACAAUGAACUGGGCAUGGAUACAGAUACCAAUUUGAUAUCAGGCAGUUUUAAGAUUUCAGAGCACAAAUAUAUAUUUUAUCGAACAGAACAAACGUUUACAGAUAUCUGUUUUGACUAAAUAUGCACUUUACUAUUACAAGACUUACAGGUUUUGUGGUUCAAAUUGUAAAUAUGGUAAGAAAUAGCAAAAUUGUCUUGCUUUCAAAGCAACACAAUGUAUUUUACUAUGCAAGCCAUGCCCCACUGGAAGUUUUAUAUGUAUAUAUGCUGAAUGCCAGUGUUUCACUGUGUGUAUGGAUGUAUGUAUUGAAGUUUGGAAUUGCAACACACUACACUGCAAAUGUGACGUGGUGUGAUAUUUGUUGUGUGAUAUUUUUCUAACACACAGAAUAAAUAACUAUACUUAACAUUGUUCUGUAUAUGUCGCACAAGAUGUACAAUUCGUAUAAAGAGAGAAGUCCAUAUGGUGAUAUACAUUGUAUACUGUUUAGAAAAUGUCUGACAGAGUUCAAUACACAAAGUGUCGUUUUGUAA